AUGCAGGAGGUUCUGAGAAAUGAGAGCCCCUACGGCCUGCCUGGCCUCGACCGCCUAAGGAUGGACCCUUCUGUUCCUGCUGCUGCUGCCCCUGUCCCAGCCCCAGUCCUAGCUCCAGCCCCUGUGCAGCACCCCCAGGCACUCCCUGGCCUAUUAAGUCCAUCGGCCCUUGUUUCCUCUGGACAGCAAGUAGGUGGCAGAGAAAGAGGAGCUUGUCUCUGGAGGCCCUGGCUGUCCUCUACAAGUGACCCGUCGAGCCAGGUUUGGAGACUGGUGGAUUCGGCUACUGGUGGUCCAACAGGUGCAGAAGUCACGAAGGCUGACUCCGAGUUCCAUCAUCCCGUCAGGCUCUUCUGGCCUAAAUCCCGCUCCUUUGACUACCUGUACAGUGAUGGGGAGAUUUUACUGCAGAACUUCCCUGUCCAGGCAACCAUCAACCUAUAUGAGGACUCAGACAGCGAAGAGGAGGAGGAAGAAGAAGAAAAGGACAAGGAAGAGGAGACAGAGGAAAGGGGGCCAGAAGAGUGUGUGAGGGUACCAAGGUCAGCACCACACACGGCCACAGUUCAUCUUCCUUCCCCUCUCCUGACAUGCCCAAACUGA